AUGAUCGAGUUUCUUGUCGGUGUUUGUUUUGGAAUUUUCUGUGUGAGUUUGCAACAAAGGAACACUUGAAAAAAUAAUACAAAACAUAUUUCAGGCCUGGGUUUGGAACUUAUUGUAUAUAGAAGACACUGAUUCCGCCCACCCACAAUUGGAUUGUUCUGCUGUUAAUGAUCAUCCAAUAGCGUUGAUUGAUUCGGACUGUGAAGAUGAAGAAGAUGCCCAAAUUGACAUUGAUGCAUUUUACGAUAAACAUUAUGGUCCAAUUCAUGACACCUCGACUCAUGCAGGUAGCAUGGCGGCCCUUUGGGAUUUUAUUAAGUGCACAGAUGUUAGUUUGUAUUUUAUAAUAAAAAAAAGUAAUAGCGUUUUUUCAGGAUUACACUCAAGAAUUCAUCUAUGCACAAAUGGACGAGGACUUGCGCGAAAACAUAUGGGAGUAA